AUGACAGGCCAAGAAAGAAGAAAAGUUGCAAUCAUUGGCGCAGGUCCAGGGGGUCUAGCCACAACAAGGGUAUUUCUCGAGAACACAACCACUUUCGACAUUAAAAUCUUCGAGAAAGAUAGUCAAAUCGGUGGUGUUUGGUAUUAUCCUGAAGAUAAUAAAGAAGGAAGAGUCAUGUAUGAUUACUUAGAGACAAAUCUUUCCAAGGAAUUAAUGCAAUUUAGUGGGUUCCCAUUUGGAGAACAUAUUAGGAAGUUCCCUACUAGGAAUGAUGUUUAUGAUUAUUUAAGGAGUUACUAUAAGCGUUUUAUUGUUAAUAAUGAAAGAGUUCAAAUCCAUUUCAAUAAUGAAGUUACCGGUAUAAAGAAAGUGAAAAAUGAGUGGGAAGUUACCAUCAAAGAUGAGGAAGAUGUGUUAAAGUUUGAUUACGUUGUCAUUGCUACAGGUCAUUUUACUGAACCCAAUAUACCAAAAGGAAUUCCAAAUUUGGAACACUGGUUUACAAAUAAGCAUGCCUUCCAUGCGAAGGAUUUUCAAAAUGCUGAAAUUGCAAGAGGGAAAACCAUUGUAGUCAUUGGAAAUGGUAGCUCAGGUACUGACAUUAGAAAUCAAUUGUCGACCGUCGCAAGGAAAGUCUAUAAUAGUGUCAAUGAUCCAAGUUUAUCUUCUCCGUUAGAUAAUUUUAAAGAUAUAAUAGAAUUAGUUCCAAAAAUUAUCAAAACUAACUGGGAAUCUCGUUCCAUCGAGUUAGAGGAUGGCCGUGUUCUUAAGAAUGUUGAUUACCUGAUUUAUGCAACUGGUUACCUUUAUGCUUUCCCAUUCUUUGAAGAAAAGAUGAAAGUUGAGUUAUUAGGAGAAGAUAGGACUUCAAAAGGGGUUCAUCAUCUAUGGGAACAUUUAUUUUACCAACCUGACCCAACAUUGGCUUUUUCAUUAUUACCCACCAUGGUAGUCCCAUUCCCGUUAGCAGAGUUACAGGCAUGUGUUAUUGUAAAAGUAUUCACCAAUAAAUUGACUGUAUCAAAACAUACUGAAGAAGAUUUUGGGAAUCGUCAUGGCUUUUCGUUCGCAACCGGUGAAGACAUUGAUUAUUAUAGACAUUUACAAGCUUUACUUGAAAUGAGUGGUGGUAACGAUGAUCCUUUCCAGCCCGUUAAAUGGGAUGAAUCACAUAAAAGGUUAAGAAUCAAAAAUGUCAAAGAUAAAGAGAAUAGAAACUUACUGCUAUCAAAAUUUGCCUCAGAACUAAGGGAACGAAAAGAAGUGUAUCGUUUACCGCCACCAGAGUAUACAUAA